UCCUCCAAAUUCCCCUCGGGAUCGAUCCCGAGCCAACCACCUCUCCACCUCCCCGAUCCUUCCACCAACCAGCAUCGUCUCCGACCAAGUCCCUUGUUUUCCGCCGCCACCCAAUCCGUCCUCCGCGCCCACAGGCUCUCCCGCUCGAGGGCUCCAUGCUGUCUUCGCCAAGCCCCAGGAGCUCGAGCCCCUUCUCGCGCGCCCCUGCUCCACCACAUCGCACCGACGACCAUGACCAUUGACCAGGACAUCGCCCUCACCUGUGCCCCCUCUUCUCUUUUCCUGCCUUCUCCUUCCUCCUCUGCUCUAAUCCCUCUCUCUCUACUUCUCUUGCUUCCGCAGGGACCAGAGGAUCUCUGCCCCGACGCCAUGGACGGGGGUCGCCGCUCCCUAAUUCCGGCCUCGUGCGGGCUUGCCAAGCCCCAAGCCGCGCCGGAUCUGGAGGGGAUCACCGCCGCCGCGCCUUCUUCCCGACCCCCACGAGCUUCUCCGGCCCCAUUCCUGUCGAAGGCCGCUGUUGUCGCUCUGGUUCGGCGUGACCAGUUUGCCUGCAUCGCCUCUGUUGCUACGCCUACAUCGCCCCAUUGUAGCGUCUGCACUGCUCAUAGUCGUCGCCUUCCACCGCCACCCUUGCCUCGAAUCUGGCCAGUUCCCAUGGCCCCUCGCCCCGCCAAGUCCUCUGUUGCUUCUCUACUACGCGCCAUUGCCUCCCCUAUGUCCAGACGAGGACGAAAACACACCGCUCCCGUUGACCGCAACGCACAGCCCGAGCUCCCUGGCUCGAUCCGGUCCCCGUUGACCGCGAGCGUCGGCUGGGUCUUAGCCGUGCCAAGCCCGGCGGCCUUCCCUCCAACUAAUUGGCCAAGCCCAUGUUCUUCUCGGUAAUCCGGUAACAUCGUGUUGUGAGGAUUCGUUCGACUACGU